AUGCGCUUCUGCGUUAUUGACGCAUGCUUCUGUACUUUAAGAUUCAACACUGGAGUAAAAAGCACAGUCGGUAACAUUAUUUCUGCAAGAGAGACUCCAUUUGCAAGCGAAAUACGGAGUAUCAUUUCUCCCGCGUCAUUUUCCGUUGCUGCAUUCAAUUCAUUCGUUAUCUUGUUGUUGCAAAGGUGCCCUCACUCCGCUACAUGGGCUGCGCUGUUGUAUGCUAUUGUUACCCUUAUUGAUAACUUGAACUACCCAACGUUUACAACGCCUCUUGGCAUCUUUGUUAAAAAACUUAUGGCGAGUAAUUUCGCCAUGCUUAUGAUCAGCGUCAUUUUGGAGAGCUUUAUUUGA